AUGGCAUCUACCCUGGAGAAGUUCAUUCAUUCUCUGGACCCUAGAGCCCUUCCCAGGGUCCUCCAAAUCCAGUCAGGCAUCUAUUUCCAAGGCUCCAUCUAUGAAAUGUUUGGAUAUGAAUCCUGCCUUUCAACAGGAGAAGUCAUUAAAGUUAUUGGCUUCAAAAUUAAUAAGCUCAUAGCAAGUAUCUGUGAGAAUAAUGAAGUCGGCCAGUUUUCAGCCAAAGUGGAAUUACCACUAAAUUUUCCUGGUCUUUAUAAGGUUGUGGCAGAUAAAACUCCAUAUGACAGCGUUGAGGAAAUUACAAGAAAAGUCUCAAUCAGGCCAACAAGAUUUGGUCAUCCAUGUUUCUACAGCCCUGAGGAUAUAAAAUUGGCAAACCUCACUAUCAACCAUGGUGAGCAGAUCACCUUCAACUCAGUGGAAGAGGUCAAUGGAACAAUGGCUGUGAAAUGUAGCGUGGUCAGAAAUAACCAGUCUCAUUCCUUUACUUUGCCCUUUUCACAAGAAGGAAUAUUCUACGAGUGUGAAGAUGAUCAGAUAUACACCCUAAAAGAGAUUGCAGAAUGGAAAAUUCCUAAGUGCAGAAACCGGAUUGUCAAACUUUCCAAUCCUUUACACACGUGGGGCUACUCUAAUCCACUGCCUGAGAAUUUUGAUGGGUGCUUGAUUCUCAAGCCUGUCUAUGAAGUGCAGGCAGUAAUGAAAUUUCGAAAGGACAUUGUUCGUAUCCUCUCAGAUCUAGAUGUCGAAGUCAAGGAUAUAACUGACUGUUAUGAUAUUAGCUCUUUCCUUCAGCCACUCUCUUUGGAAGAUGUAUUUGAAAGAACAAGCCAGGAAUUUCCUAUGGUUGCCGAGAUCAUGGAAAGACCUUCAAGAAGCCAAAAACCUUAUAACUUCUUGUGCACAGGGAAGGAGAUCAUAAUCUACAAAAAGUACCAGGCAACAAGAGUCCUAGCCUCUGAGAUCAGAAGUGAUUCCCCCAAAAGACAUUUUUUAAUACCUAUGAGCUACAAAGGGAAGUUCAAGAGAAGGCCUCGGGAGUUUCCAACUGCCUAUGACUUAAAGAUAGCAAGAAGUGAAAAGGAGGAACUUCAUGUUGUAGCAACUAAAGCCUUUGAUUCCCCUCAUAAAGAGCUUUUUUCUGUUUCAGUUGGAGAUCAGUUUCUAAUUCCGCAAUGCCAGACUAAUGAAGUUCUGUAUGAGGGAAGAGAGAAAUGCAUAGACAGUUUAGCUUGUGAACAAAUACUAAGUGAUAAGUAUAAGAAAGUGCUCCUCCCUAUGUACAUGGAAGGUGGCUUUGUGGAAGUGAUUCACGACAAGAAACAGUACCAGCUUUCUGAGAUUUGCAAAGAAUUUCAUUUACCUUUUAAUGUCAAAGUGUCUGUGAGGGACCUUUCUGUUGAGGAAGAUGUCUUGGCUGCUGUGCCUGGUCUGAAGUUUGAAGAAGAAAUCACAGACUCCUAUUUGCUGGUCAGUAGUGCCAGCAAUCUAGUGGAGAGCUGGGAAAUUCCUGUAUAUCGCUUGAACUUGUCGGUCCAUUUGCUAAACAAAGAUAUCCAGGCAGUUUUACCACCUGUGGUUAAGACAACAGUGGAAGAGAUCAGCCAAGAGCAGUACUAUAUGGUGCGAAGAUAUGAAAACCAAACCCUUCAUCCACCCCCCAGGCCUCCCAAAAAGCCAACAACAUUUGCACCAAAAUCUGAUUUUGCAGUACCUGAGCAAGGUGUGUCUGAUGUGCUACAGACUCCCAAGAAUUUCUGUGUUGAGACCACCAAGAAAUUGUGCUCAAUUCAACCUGCCAAUGUUUCAGAAUUACAAGUUAGUUGUCAAAAUGAUGUGGUGCAUCGUGAGAAUAAGAAGGACAUGACUGGGAAAGCUACAUUAGUGGAAACCAAUGUGAUUGAAGACCUAACAAAGAAGGCACUUGGAAAGUGUGAGACAGAAAAUGAAGAGGAAGAAGAAGAGCACGACUAUGAAUAUGUGGAUGAAAAUGUAAUUGAAAACAUAAGAAAAGAAUUUCAAGACACCACGGUUAGAAAUAAGGAUACACUCUCUGAAGGAAGAAGGUGA